CCCACAAGUCCAGCUGGGGACCAUCAGUGGUGAAGGAAUGGUCAGGCCAACAUCCGUAUCGCCUGGGCUCUUUAGUGUUCUCAAAUGUGCAUUCAUAAAGAAGAGGAAAUGCGAAACUAUCAAGCUUACAACUGCUGAAUAGUUUUACCAGCAACUCUGAAGUCCAAAUCUCUACUAGUGUAUUUUAUAUUAAAGCACCGUAAACUUACGGUUCAGACCUCAUGCAAAUGGCUUGAGUUUAUUCGGAUCAUUGGGUGGCACGCCAGGGUGAUGCAGAGAGGUCCGGUUUAGAUCAGGUAGCAGAAAUGCUGAAGAAAAUAACUACUAGCAAAGCAAGUUGUAUGGUUUUAUGUAAGGCCAACAUGCUUGGCAGAUUGCCUGGGGAGAGUCUGCACAGUUAUAUAACAGUACAGUGCUAAUUCAAAUUCUCUGCAGAACUAUCUGGCUAGAGUCAUUCUGGGACUUGAGUUUCUGUAUUGUAAACAGUGCUUCUUUCCCCUGCCAAACACUUCUUUGUCUAUUCAGAGGUGAGUCUAGAGCAAUUCGUGACUGAAUGUGUAAGGUAGUGCCAGUUGCCUUUGAUUUUUCAUCUCCUUUCCCUUGCUAUCUUUUCACCUUGCAGCAUUGGACUUUAGGCAGCUGUAACUAAAGGAAGUGAAAACUUCAAGGCACAAGGCUUUUAAUUCAUCCUCUUGGCCCAUCUUUUUCUGGGGUUGUCUUUUUUUUUUUUUUUUUUCUUUUUUUAGGGAGAGAGGAAAUGGUUUAAAAAUGGGUCAACCUUUUAAUAUAUUUAUUAAGCUCAUUAAAUUUGGUGGCUAUGAUCUUGAUUUCAUUUCACUUCAGGAAUUGCUCAGCUGCAUGUAUCACCAGGUUUUUGACCUGCUUCAGAGGACUGAGAAGUCAGAGCAAAAUAAAAAUAGCUGUCAUUCCCUUGCAGGCAGCAUCUAUGAAGAGUAGAUAAUGCUAUUGAUAAUGAUCUUUCUGAUAAAAAACAAAUGUAUGAAGAAAGAAGUGAAGUUAGGUCUCUUGCUUUUACUCCUCCAUCCCUUUCUCAAUCCUGGUUACGCAUGUGUUGCCAAACUGGGUAUGACUUGGGCCUUCUGGUUUGGGAAAAUUGUAUGGCUAAAGAAGCAGCCAUUAGAGCCCUACAUAUAAAAUUGUUCUGUAUGAGUUAAAGGUGUUGAGUAUGAAAACCCUUUAACUGCUGUAAAUAGAAAGAAGGUAUGUACUCAGGAGGGCAGGUUAAGCCUGCUGCUGAUUAGAAAGCACUCCAGAAGGACAGGCUGUUUUUGUCUAAUCCAUUUAAGAUUGUGAUGAGUCACCCCAGCUGGAAUCUGCAGUCGUGACUGCUAAGUGACAAAGAACGAGUCGUUGGUGGAUCUGUCUCCUUGGAGACACUCAGCCCUGGAGUUUACACAGAAGUUCAACUCUGCUGCAGAAAAAGUGUUUCAGAAGCUCCUAUAUCUUCUUCUGCCUAAUGAGCUUGGGUUUGGAAUCAUGGGGAACGUUCUCAACAGUGCUAAUGACCUAGAAAGCAAAUUCUAAAGAACUGGCAGAUCCAACAGGUGCAUGUGAACUACCCGUGGAGCCUGGUGUUAUCUGGAUUUUCUUGCAUGGUUUUCACGUGGUCAAUUCUGGAAAAAGAGGGACCAAGGUCACUCUUCCGAGGGCUGGGUCCAAACUUGGUUGGAGUUGCACCAUCAAGAGCUGUCUACUUUGCAUGCUACUCCAAAGCCAAAGAGCGAUUUAAUGGCAUUUUUGUGCCCAACAGCAACAUUGUGCACAUCUGUUCUGCAGGUUCUGCAGCCUUUAUCACAAAUUCCCUGAUGAAUCCUAUAUGGAUGGUGAAAACCAGAAUGCAACUGGAACGGAAAGUCAGGGGUUCAAAACCAAUGAAUGCUUUGCAGUGUGCUAGAUAUGUUUACCAGACAGAAGGUAUCCGUGGCUUUUAUAGGGGCCUGACCGCCUCCUAUGCUGGGAUUUCAGAGACCAUUAUCUGCUUUGCUAUUUAUGAAAGUUUAAAAAAGCACUUAAAGGAAGUCCAACUGCCCCCUUCCCCUCCUAAUGGGACCGAAAGGAACUCAACAAACUUCUUUGGACUGAUGUUUGCUGCUGCUGUUUCCAAGGGCUGUGCCUCUUGUAUCGCUUAUCCACACGAGGUCAUACGGACACGGCUGCGAGAAGAAGGCACUAAAUACAAGACUUUCAUUCAAACAGCACGUCUGGUAGCACGUGAAGAAGGCUAUCUCGCCUUCUAUAGAGGACUCUUUGCCCAACUCAUCCGGCAGAUACCAAACACAGCCAUUGUGUUGUCCACCUAUGAGUUAAUUGUGUAUCUGUUAGAAGACCAUGCAAAGUAGCAGAGCCAAGACUCCUGUUACAGACUGUAGACCAACUUCUUUGUUGAACACAUAGUCCUGUAAGAGACUGAUGCAGGUGGCAGUGCUGGUGGAAAAACUGCAAGUCUGUGACCACCUGCUGGAUAUUUCCUUUUGGAU